UGGCCAACAAGGAAGUAAAAAGUAAAAAGAAGGAAAUAUGUUCUUUACCUUCCUUAUCGGCUUACAAUAUAGAAUCUAUUCAAGCUGACAGCUAAAAAGAUAUUGAAACACAGAGAUGGCAUCCCCAAAUAAGUUCAAGGCCCUCCAAGCCAAAUUUCUCGAACAAUCACCAGAUGAGAAACCAGAUCCACUGCCAUCUUUAAAGCCUAAACCUGAUCUGUCAGCUAAACCAGUAAUAACCCCCAAACCAGCAGUUGGAACAAAACCUAGCAUUCCAACAAAGAAACCCAUAAUUUCGCCAAAGGCAAGUCCAGCUGGGGAUAAACCUGAAAAGAAACCUGGAAUAUCAACUGCAGCAGUCAAAUCAGUAACAGUCAAUAAAGAACAUAUCGAUAAAGUCGAAAAGGAAUGUAAAGAGUUACCCAAACGAGGGAGCACACUUAAGAUUGCUGGUGUUUUUACUCAGAAUGAUACACAAGGGCAGAAUCCCUCUCCCAAGCCAAAACCAAUCCCAGUAUCAAGAAGCACAAAGCCAAUCAAACCACCGGAUAAAUCUUUACAUAGAGGUAGUAAGUAUAUCCCAGACUCUCAAAAACCCAAAUUAAAAGACAUAGCAGCUUCAUAUAAAUUAGGUAGCAAUCAGAACAGUAUUAAUGGUGAUAAAUCUAGUGCAACUACUCGUGAUCAAAAUGGGAUUGUUGUUAAGGCUGCUGAUGAGUCCAAAGAAAAUGAACCAGGGUUGAGUCCUGAAGCUGUAAAACAAUUCAAUGAAAUAGAAAGUGUGGCUCUUUCACAAAUAGAGGCAGAGAAAAGUGUCAAAGACAAUAAUAAAACAAAUAUUUCAUCUGAUGCUGAAAAUGUAAAGGUGAUACCUCCAAAAUUUAAAUUUUCACAGUCACAUAUUGAGCAAUCAACUGCAGCUGAUACAAAGGAGAACAAUAAUAGUGAACAAUCUAAAGAAAUUCAGAAUGCAAUACUUAAGGAGACUGACUCCGAAAAAGAACAAACAACCUCUAAAGCAAAGCCAGAAGAGGAAAUCAAUGUAAAUCCAAUUAAGAAUACUCCACGUAAAAAUAAGCGGUACCGUAUGCGGCAGCUUCCAAAAGAAAUAGGUGUGCCACCCAAAAAGCCAAAUAAACCACCCAUCUACAAACUUCCAGUGGUCGAACAGGAACCAUCAGGCUCAAUAUUUCCUUUGGCAAAAAGAAAACUGCCAAGCCCUCCAAAUGAGAAUGAUUUAUCAAAAGAAAAUAAAAAAGCUGUAUCGCCACUACCCCCAAUUCCUAGUCCCAAUGAAUCCAGUCCAGCUCUUCCACCACGUAAUGCCAGGACUCCAUUACCCCCUCCCCCAAUCAACAAGCCACUUCCUGUACCCCCUCCCCACAGCGAUGCUCCCCUACCCCCAGUCCCAGCAUCAUCAAUGGCUCCUGAUGACAUAGCUGAUAGUGAUGGAGAGGUUUACAAUGAAGUCGAUUCACCACCUGCCAGUAAAGUAGCAAAGCAAAGAGUCAGCUUAAUAUCUCCAAUGGGGGAAGAUGAAGAAGAUGAGAUAUACGAGGAAGUUGAAUCUGCAAAACAUAGUCCCGAAAAGGAUUUCAUAAUUCCCCCGAAUGAAUCAGAGAGUGAAGAAGAACAGUUUGAGGAAUAUGAUGAUUCGCUGGCUGUAACAUCUGCUGAUGCUGUAGAUGAUGAGAUCUAUGAAGCUUUUGAUGAACCCGAGAUUGACACUGAAGAAGUUAAAAAGAAGGAAGAACUACGCAAGCAAGAGAAAGAGGAACAACAGCGUAAACUAAAAGAGGAAAAGGAGAAAAAAGAAAGAGAGCUAAAAGAGAAGGAAGAACGAGAAAGAAAGGAACGUGAAAAGAAGGAAAAAGAGGAAAAGAAACGAAUAGAAAAGGAAGAAAAGGAGAGACUUGCCAAAGAGAGAAAAGAGAAGAAGGAAAAAGAGAGGAAAGAAAAGGAAUUGAAAACUAAAUUCAAGUUUGAAGGGGAGGAGAUAGUCAUACAUACGGGAACAGUUGUAUUUGGCACUAAAGGUAGCAAGUUAGAUUUGGAUCUUAAAACUGGAGAUGUUGUCUGGAUUAUACGUAUGGACCAUAAUCCACCUGGGAAAUGGCUAGCUAAAACACAAGAUGCUAAAUAUGGAUAUGUUGUCUCUAGUAACAUAGAUGUUGACACAAAUACAAUCAAAAGUGCAAUGGAAACUGCUUAUGGCUCAAUGAGAAAAAAAGCUAAUCACCUCCUAUCAGUUGUACCAAAUAAAGAGGACGCAAACAAUAAAAGUAACCAAUCGCUGAACCUUACUGACGGUUCUUUGGACCAAACCACAGGUGAAGAUAUUUACGAGGAUACAGCAUAAUGAAGAACUGUAAAAUAUUCGACAUGCUUGUGUCACUAUAAGUCUGUGAUCAAAGUCCCCACAAUGCAGGAUGUGACUAUUGUACAUAACAAAGAAAUGUUCCAAAUGUAAUCAAUCAAGUUAUUUAUGCUUUUAUGCAUACAUAUGAGAUUAAUCAUACACCAUGGAAUCCCUUGUGAGGAUUGACUGAAAUACUAUGCAACUAGAAUCAAAGUCAUGCAGAGUAAAUGGUAUCCAUAGCAACAAGAUGAACAACAUGCAGUACGAGAAUACGCAAAAAUACUAAACUGAUAUAAUGAGUGUAAAUAAAGUAUGAAAUCUAGCAAUAUUGUAUUAUUGUAUACUGUGCUUUUAUUGUAUCUCAUAGUAAUAUAUUUUUAUUGUAUUUUACUGCUGCCUUAAAGGAGCAUUCAACCCAAUAAUUCUGUGUAUUGGGUAUAGCUUUCCUUACUUGGCAUUGUAUAAAGUAUAUUAGCUUGGAUCUUAAAAUCAAACAGUAGCAUAUACUAUUGUAAAUUGUAAUGUAUGCAUUAAUUCAAUCCCUGGCUGAGAACCAGUAAUUAAAGCUUCAUCAAAUAAUAUAUUAAACGUAUCAUGAUAUAAUACAUCCGUUUCCAUUUCUAUGUUGGAGAAAACAUAGUGUAUUAUAUAAUGAAAACUGUAUUGACUUUCUGCAUACCAUGGUUUUUAUCAUCAGAGUGAAUAUAUACAUACAAGUUUUAUACAUGGACAAAAUUAUGCGGCGUUUGCUUGAUUGCAAUUUAAAAUGCAAAGGUGUCACAAAUAGUUUAUACCUCAUAUACAGGGUGCCCCAAAGAAAAUUGUACUGAGAGAAAAAUAUGGAAAUACUAUUUGAGUGUGGAAGGAAUAUUCUCAGAAUUUGGUCACCUGACAAUAAAUUUAAUGAUCAUUAACUCCUGAACAUUUUACCAGAUAUUUAUUAUAUUAAGUUAGAGAAAACUCAAAUUUCCCAUUAAAUAAUUUACAAAUUUCUAAAAAAAUUUCAAACUUCUAUUGGAAAUGAUAUUUCUGUAUCAUGUGAACAGUUCAUCUUUUUUCAAUGAAGGAAAAAAUUAUUUAUAUUUCAUUUGGGUACACUUUUUGGGACACCCUGUA